AUGACCUCAUCGACUCCAUUUCUCUGCACCACGAGCGAAGACGAGCGUCUCUCUCCGCCGUCGUCACCUUUCUCAGAGCCUACGCAACCUAUCAUCUCUCCCAGUGAUCUGGGAAUGAUUGAUGAUCAUGACGGUCCUUCGGAAAAUGAUGGUUCUUCGCCAGGAGUGGCGUUCGGCGCACCGAGACAGAAGACGAAAAGCCCAUCAAAGAGACAACAGAUUACUUACGUCUCGAGACAUUUUGUGAAAGAUAGGUCGAAAGAGAAGGUGCCCAUGAAAACCGCAAACAGAAAGAAAAGGAGACUCAAACAGCCUAAAGAGGAUUCGAGUGAUAUUAAGCCGGUACCAGCGCCGCAUCCAAUUACUCCAGUUCAACCGCAACCCCGGAUCUACUAUGGCUACAAUAUCGAUGAUUUCUCCUCAGACUCCAGCCUCACCGAUAUUCCCGAUGACCUUGAUGAGGCCCCUGACCAGUUCACACCUUCGAAUACACCCGAGUUAAUCCCUGAUGUCGAGACCGGGGAGGUCAAAGUGAGCCUCAAAAAGGUGAUCCGAAGCCCAACCAAGUCUCCCUAUUUUCCGCACCCUCCUAAGCACCGCCCAACCUUUCUUUCCACCCUCCCAUUCCCUCCACUUGCACACAAGACGUUUGGUCUGAUGCAAGAACGCCUCGCUCAUGACCCUUUUCGGCUACUUAUUGCCACAAUCCUCCUGAACAAAACCCCUGGUGAGCGAGCGAUGCCCAUAUUCUACCAGUUGAUGAAUCGCUUUCCUACACCCUCGGACCUUGCUUCGGCAGAAGUUAGCGAUAUCACCAAUAUCAUAUACGUGCUUGGGUUUCAAAACCAACGUGCGCGAAAGUGUGUGGAGAUGGCCCGAGUUUGGAUUGAACGGCCACCGGAAUUUGGAAAGAGAUACAGGAAACUGAAUUAUCCCAACAGAGGCGAUGGAAGAGACGUCAAGGAGGGCGACAUGAUUGGUGAUCAUGAUUCACGUGUUGCUUGGGAGAUCUCUCACCUUCCUGGACUUGGGCCAUACUCGCAUGACAGCUGGCGCAUGUUCUGUCGUGACAAAUUGCGAGGCCUCUCAAGUAGCUGGAAUGGUGAGGACAGCCAAGAUCCCAACAGCUUUGAACCUGAAUGGAAAAGAGUUGUACCAUUGGAUAAAGAGCUACGAGCUUAUUUGACUUGGGUAUGGAUGAAGGAAGGCUGGGUCUGGAACAAGGAGAGCGGACAGCGAACCAGAGCAAGUGAUAAGCUCAUGGCUCAAGCCCAGGGCGGUGGCAUUGUGAUCGAGGAGAAGGACCGCGCCCACCUGGUCAUCAAAACUGCGCAAGACGAAGAUGUGGGUCGGCUACAGGACCACGGACCGGUCGAGCACACAGCGGGAGAUUUUCUACCCAGCCGUCUGCCUGCCACUGUCAAUCCUACCCAGGGAGGGACUGAAUCUUGGAUAUGA